CUCUAAUGUGCGUUUGGUUAUUUAUUUUUUUUCGUGUGAUUUGUUUAUUGAGUGAAACCCAUGCAAUUUUCUUGCACAUACAAUGUAUAAAUGGACGCGAAGUUAUCGGUGUGAGAUGGAAAACAUAAUUGGUUUCCAAUAGGAAAAGUUUGGAUUAUGUUUUCGCACGCCAAGCGUUCGCAGUGUGUGCCUGUGUGUGUGUUUGUGUGGGGUGUAAGGUGUUGUAUAUGUGUAGAUAUGUGUGAGAGGGAGGUACGGUGCUCGUAAAAUCGUUUUUCCUCGUUUUCUAAUAACUUAUCUAAAAAAAACAUGCAGAAAACAUAGAUUGCAAAAGUCCAAAAAUCAUAAAUGAAAAUUCAAAGAAAUCAACCUUGUUGCCUUUUUGUGUGUGUGUAAGAGGAAAAAAGAAAGAGAGAGGCUUUUCUUUUGUUGAUACACCGUGAGUGCAUGUGUACAUGUAUAUGUGUGUGAAUGGUGCGCCUCUCGUUUUGUGACGAAAUGUGUAUAAAAUGUUUAUGUUUAUGUUUUUCCCCACCCCCUCACACAUACACACACAUUGAAACCUUUAGGCGCCGUAUAAAUUUCAAGUGAAAACCGAUCGGCAAAAACAACAAAUCCCACCAUAAAGUGGCAAAGCAAUAACAAAUCUAAAAAAAAAAAAACACCAAGAAAAUAAAAACACAAAUAAUUUGACGGGCUUUUAGAACAAAAACAGAAAAAGCAAAAUAAAUAAGUUCGCAAAUCGUAAUUAAAGGUCGGCAGAUGGGCGGCCAACGGAUGCCCUCCGCUGGCCAUUCUCUUCGUGAUUGUUGUUGUAGCUGUCAGUGUUGUUGCUCUUCAUGCACAUGCAGUUGCAGUUCCCAUUCCCGUUGCUGUUGUUGUGGUUGUUGCAGUUGCAGCGGACCAGCGGCCAAAGCACAGUGAGUGCGAACGGGACGGCAAGCGAGCGCCACUAACGGUGCAAGCAAGAGCCCCUUGAAAUGGUCUCGAAGAAGCGUUCCAAUGCCGCUGAGCGUGUCCAACGCUCGACGGCAACUGCAGCGGCGGCUGCAGCGGCUGCCGCAGCAGCAGCGUCAUCGUCUACAGCGCAGGGCAAGAAACGGCCCGGAAAACAGACGAAAACCUCCAGCGGCAGCGGCAGCGGUGGCGGCGGCGGCGGCGGCGACGAAGCAGAGGAUAAAAAGUCAGCCAGCAAAACAGAUUCGGCAGCUAAGAAACCAGGCAAGGAUCCCACAGGAUCAUCGGGAUCAUCACACAACGCCACAGAGAGUAGUGGGAAUGGAAAUGGAGGUGGAAAGGUCACAGCUUCCGCUUCAUCAUCAACCGCCCUUGCAUCCACUUCCGGCGCCUCGAACAGUUUAAAGUUAUCACCAGAGGAGCGACAUGAAGAUGGCAAGGCGCGGGCCAUUAACAAGAUGCUCAAGAGUCUGGACAUCAAGAUCCAUGGCUUCGACAAUCUGUUGCCCAGUGGCGAGGAGCGGCUGAACGAUGGUGUGCUCAAGUCCUCCAUUUCGGAGAAUGUCAAAACCAAGUCGCGGGCAGCAGCGGUCAAGGUGAUAUCCAGCUUAAAUCCCGGCAAAAUGCCAGCUGUGAAACGAGUGCGUCCCUCGCCGGAGCCAGUUAAGGAUAAGAUUGCGACGGAAAAGGUUUCAGAGAAGAUUCCGGAAAAGGAUAAGCCCAAGACGGAGCAGGAGAUUACUCCAGCCAGUGCAGAGGAAUCUCUGGCCUCUAAGGUGCCCAAAAAGACGGUGCAGCAGGCCAAGAAGGCCAAGGUAGAAUCACCAACAGUACAAACGCCAGCUGUAUCGACUGCAACUGCAGCUACACCAGCUCUAAGCUCCUCCACUUCCAAGCAGCCAACAGCUAAGAAUCCUGCAAAGAAACCAACCCAAGCAGAGCAACCGAAGAAGGAGCUUUCCAAGCCCAUUAAAAUGGGAAAACCAAAAAAGGCAUUGCCAGGUCAGGAAACCUCUGCUUCGCUGAAAAACACUUCUCGUUUGCCCGAUUCCAAUACAGAAUCCGUGCAAAUGGAGCUGGAGGAGAUUAUUAGCACGCCAACGGCCACACCAACGCCAUCGGCCACGCCUACAGCGACACCAACGCCCACAGUCACGCCUGCGGUUACACCAACGCCCACAGCAACGCUUACACGAACACCCACGCCCACACCGACAUCCACGUUAACUGCCACGGAUUCUGGGCAUCCAGCUCCACCGCCACCACCACCAGGAGGUGCAUCCAAACAGCGACCAAAGGUGAAGUAUACCAAAACUUCGGCGGGUUCGAAGGGUCGUUUGCAACAGUCGCUGCAUCAAAAAGCACCACCUGCCUCCUGGAGUGGGGCCAAGGAUAUAUAUGAUUUCAAGUCGGGAUCGGAGGAUGAGGAGCCGAUCAAAAUGGUGCUGCCGUCGCUUAAGGAGCUGCGCGAAUUCUCCGAUGAGGAUAAUAAGCCACUAAAGCUUUUCGAGCGACAGGAGAAAGCCAAGACCCAAGUAGAUGAGGAAGAGCAGUCCGUGGUCAAGAAGGAGGAAAAACCGACGUUGGAGAAGGAGGUAAAGGUGAAGUCAAAGGAAAAAGAGAAGGAAAAAGAUAAAGAAAAGGAAAAAGAAAAGGAGGUAGAUCCUCUAAGCAACGCACAUCAGUCCGAACCAGCAACCAAGAUCACCACCACCACCACCAGCUCAAGCACCGCCACCACAUCCACGUCGGGUAAAAAACAAACCAAGCGGAAACUAGCCACUCCAACGCCCACUCAAGCGGGCCGUAAGAAAAAACCAGUGGGCAAGGGAAAGGCGGCCGCAGCAAAGGAACCUCCCGCCAGUGGCAGUUCCGCUGACAGCAGCUCCUCCGAAGAUGAACGAAAACUGAGUGCCUACAGUGGACCCAAGCGACAUCGGAUGGCAUCCCUCAAUGCCCUGGCCAAGGUGCAGUGCCUGUACGAGAACGAAUCCCGUACUGCCCAUGAACUGGGCUUGUCCAAGGCAACGCAACAACCGCCACGCAUCCGAACUCUGGACGGGAGCGAUGAUGAUAACCACAAGGAAUCGCCACGACAUGCUGGUGAUGCGGAUAGAGAUAAGGGAUCUGUGAGUCCGCCGCAUACGUCUACGGCUCCAACGACCGUUGUCAGUGCUCCGCCCAAGGAGGCAGAGCCACGAAGGGAAUUACGCUAUGUCCCCGGCGGCAGAGGAGUGGGCAAGCAUUGGGAGUUCGAUAGCGACAGUGAGACUGAGGAACUGCAGCUCCAGCAGCCCUUGCCACCUGUGAAGAAAAAGAAGCUACCCAAGAAGGCGCCGCCCAAGAAGAGUGCAUCCACUGAAACGGAAGCCAAGCGGAAAAAGAAGUCGGUUCAGAUCGAGGAAAGUGAUGAGGAGGAGCCGAAGGAGAAGGAGAAGGAAAAGCCCAAGCCGCCAAAGCAGUUGCCGAAAAAGCGUAAGACCGCCUUCACUGAAGAACUGAUCGGGGAUUACAAGGGCAUCUUGGCCAGAAAACGUAUGGCCAGUCUAAAUGCCAGCGCCAUUGUGGCAGCCACCUACGAGGUGGAACGUCAUUUGGACAAGAAUCUGGCCAGUGAUUGCAGUAGCUUUGAGAGUUAUGAUGAACUCGAUACCAUGCCCACCACCACCAGCAAGGCAGCAUCUUCGUCAGCACUAAAAACCGAAGUGAUUCACAUCAAGAAAGAGCCCAAGGAGUCCAAGGAAUCGGCUCGGGAAAGGGAACGUGAAAGGGAAUCCGAACGUAAGAGGGAGCGGGAAAACGAGCUGAAGGACUCGAAGGAUUCAGCUAUUGGCAAGAUGUCCAGCCAUUCCAUUAUCGAGGAAAGCAACGACUCCAAAUACUCGAAGGAGACCAAGGAGACUAAUACGGACACUACCAUAACCACCACUGGUUACCGCGAUUCAGCGGCCAGCACUAAGGAUGCCAAGGACUGCAGUCGACCCACCUCAUCGUCGGUGGUAAUUGUCCAGGACACGGAUGUAACCAUUACCGGUGUCUAUGUGAAUGCCAGCAAUGGCGCUGCCCAGGAGGCCUACUGUAAGAUGCAGUAUCGCGUCCAGUCGAGCGUCACCGAGGAGCGCGUCCUGCGUCCCGGCUCCGUAGAGCCACCCAAGUCCUACACACCGCUUAGCGCUCUGUCCAGCAUGCUGCCACCGGGCGCAAGUUCUGGAUUAAGCGAAGCUCACAGCUCCCCGCCGCUUCCUGUUCAUGCAGCGCCGCCGGGACCGCAUGUCCUCUUGCCCGGCGAACAUCUCAGCGCCGGGAUGUACCAUGCCCCUGAUCUCGGAUUGCAUACAGAGCACGCCCUGCCCGAACAUCAUGGACCACCGCCGCCCUCAUAUGCUGCUGCUGCAGCUGCGGCAGCGGCCGCCGCCGCCUACCAUGCCCAUCAGUUGGCUCCAGGAGGCGGUGGAGUGCUGCACAUGCACCAUCAACAUCAGUAUGCCGCCCAUGCGGCCCAUGCACAUCAUUACCAACAGGCAGCCGAGUAUCAUGGUGGUCCACCGCCACCACAUCAUUACGGUGGUCCACCACCACCGCCUCAGGGUCACUAUGGCCCACCGCCUGGUGCACCCGUUCCGGUUCCAGUGCCAGUGCCCGUACCCAAUCCGGUUAGUGUACCGCCCGAGCGUUGCGAUGUGGGAUCACCACCGCCUUCGUAUCGUGCCAGCGCCUAUCCACCGCCCUCCAGUGUGGGCAUGCCACCGCCUACUUUGGGCGGCGGUUCGAGCGCCUUCUGUGCUCCGAGUCCACUGCAUCAUCAUCAGCAUCAACACCAGCAGCCAGGAGUUGGGCCACCGCAUCAUGAUCCAAGUGGCUAUUAUCAGCCGGCUGGACCGCUGAUCUCACCGCAUGUGAUCGCCGCACCGCCACCACCGCCAGCUCAAAUUAAAAAGUUGCAAGAGGAGGAUAGUGGCUCAACCUCUGGCAGUUCGCCAACGCAACUGCAAGCGGCCGCCGCUGAAGCUGCCGAUCAGGCGGCAGCAGCAGCACAAUCUCAGUCGCAAAGUCAAACGCCGCACGGUCACGCCCACGGUCACGGACAUAAUCCACAAGCGCCAGGUCAGCAUCCGCCGCAGCCACAGCCGUAUCCGGCCAGCGCCGUGGCGGCCGCAGCUGCUGCAGCAGCCGCCCACCAGGGUGUGCCCUAUUCUCGCUCGAUGCACGCGGCCCAGAUGCACUAUUCGACCGCCUAUCCGCCCAACUAUUACGCGCCAUAUCCGGGCGAGGUCAUGUGCUACUCGCCGCCCACCUAUCAGCCCUAUUUCUCGAGCAAGGUCUACCAGCCAUCGCAUCCCGCCCAUCCUGCCGCCCAUCCGCAGGGUCCGCCACCGCCGGGCGCCUAUCGUCGUUAUCCAUACUAUCAGCACGCGGGUCCACCGCCACCGCACGAGCUCUACGAACAGCAACCACCACCGCCGCCCGCCUCAUCCGGAUCAGUGUCCGGUCCGCCGCAACAGCAACCGCCAGCGAGUAGUUCAGGUGCGGUAGCAGCCGGGGCAGCCGGUGCAGCGGGAGCACCAGGUGGCAGCCAAUUGGUACCAGCUCACCAGCAACAACACCAGCAACAGCACUUGGAACAUUAUCCGGGACCGCCCAGCUACUACGCCGGCUAUAGUCCCGGCGGAGGAGCAACAGCCGGGCAGUGUUACACGCGCGGAUUGCAAGGACCGUAUAUGGAGUAUCCACCGCAGUGUCCCUGCCCAAUGCCUCAAUCGUGUCCAAAAAACGUCCAUACUGGGCCUCAUAUUGGUAGCAACAUCAUCAGCAACAUCGACCAGAGCAGCAGCAAGAACAGCAGCAAUAGCGGCAAUAUGUUGCUGAAUGCCACAAGCAACAGCAAUAUCAACUGCAGCAGCAACACCAACAUCAGCAGCAGCAGCAGCAACAGCAGCAGCGGCAACAACAGCAGUACUUUGACUGCCUGCAGUAGCGCUACGACAACAACUACAGCGUCAGCGUUGACUACCAGUAGAGGCCCAGUGAAAAAUGUCACACCAAAUAACAACAACAACAACAGCAGCAGCAACAGUUGCAGCAACAGCAACAACAACAACAACCACAACAUCAGCAGCAGCAACAGCAGCUGCCAGACAAGUGAGACAACCUCACGGGCAACAGCAGCAACAAAUACAAAUACGACGGCAACCACCGCCACAACGGGCACCCAAUGCCAGAUGCUGGUGAAGACAGAGCUCAAGGGCGAGAAUCCUCAAGUGACCAAGAUGCAGUACGAGGCACACGUAAUGCCGCCACCCACGCCGCCGGAGAGUUACUGUGCCAGUGAUGAGAAGCUGCUCGAUGAUCAGGAGCAGGAGGCCGAGUUGGAGUUACGAUUGCGUUUGGGAUUGCGGCUGGAAAAGGGUCAAGAGCACAUCGAGGCAUAUGAUCUUACGUGCAGUACUCCGCCACCAGUUACAGCCAACCAGGCGGCAACAGUGCCACGCAAAGCGAGGAUCGGCAAGAGCAUGGCCAGGGAGAUGGUUUAUGCAGCCCAGCAACAGCAGCAGCAGCAGCAGCAGCAGCUGCAGCUCCCGGAGAAGCAGUCGAAGGGAACUGCAGCCAAAAUGGAAAUGGAACCAGAGAUGCCUUUCGUACUUAAAGCGGAAAUCAAAGCAGAGACCAAAAUCAAAAUCGAGCACGACGGUGAGGCGCAGGCCAGCAGCACACAUAUCAGUCAAUUGCCGGAUCUAAAGCCCACCAUCAAAAUGGAACCAGAACAGGAACUGGAUCCCGUAUGUGGGACACCACCAGUAUCAUCUGUUACCAAAACCGAACCGGAGCAGGAACAACAAACGGAUCAACAGGCCACUGGCGUGGAGCAAGAUCAGCCCACGCCCGGUGGCAGCAAGCAGCGUAUCAAUCUGCUAGCCUCCUCAAGUGGCAACAAGAAGGCCAAAACGAAUCACAGCUAUAAGAGCCUGAUCAAGCAGGCGGAACCGAAGAAUUACCUGUGUCCCGGUCGCAGGUUUGUCCGUCGACACGGACGUGCUCCGGCCAAAUAUGCCAAGCGGCGUCAGAUGAUUCUGACGCAGCGGCAGCAGCAACGAAUGCGUCUGCAGCGCCGUGAGCAGCAGCAACAGCGACGUCAGCAACGUGAGGCGGCAGCAGCAGCAGCAGCAGCGGGAGGCGCAUCCUCUUCAAUGGAAGCUACUCCCAUGGAGACAGGACCAGAUGAACAGGGCGUAAAGGAGCAGGUUAAUAGCACGGCCACGCCCAGUGCUUCGCCAAAGAGGGCUCGGCUAAGGAAACAGGAGAUUGCAGCACUGCAUCUGCUCGGAGGCUUGGAUACGGCGCUGACUCGCGGUUACUUCAGUGAUCCGGAACUGAAUCACAGCAGUCGCAAGCAGACGCCCACGGCAGUGGGUGGCCUCUAUGCUGCGUCCUCGCCGCUGGCCCCUGCCACUGACCACAGGGGCAAACAGAGCGCUGGGGAGAAGCGUUCCAAGUCGGAAACCAAGAAGCCAGCGACGGAAGCGAUUUCUGAGUCAUCCCUGCCGUGUAAAAAGCCACGCAAACAGCCAACUGCUGGCAAGGCCAAGGGCAAGAGCAAGAAGUCAUCUGGUGGAGCAGCGGGGGCAACAGUUGUUGCCACCACGGCAGAAACACAAAUGGAAGGAGUCACCACUUCCACCCAAGAGACCAAUAACAACGAGUAUCAGACGGCAGAUCUACAGGCUCAAAAGUUCCGCGAGUCACCGGCUGUCACUGAUGCAACGGCAACGGCAGCGGGAACAACGACGACGACGACAGCAGCAACAUCAACCUCCCAGCAGCAGCAGCAGCAGCAGCAGCAACAUUCCGAUGAGCAACACCAGUUCCUGGUGCCCAAUCAGCCAGGGGCUACAGUCACUACAGUUGCUCCAACAGCUAAUCCUCAUACGCCCGCCAAUCGUCAGGGUCAGGCGACGCAUACGAAGCGGGCCAGAUCACGUUGCAAGUUUGGAAACCGAAAGCGGCAAAAACAGCGACCUGGCGGUGUCAGCUACGAGCUAGAUGUGACCCAACCGCCGGCAACGAAAGCCAAUGUUGUGCCCAAGUGGAAUAAUGGAUGGAUGUGGGCGGGCAAGGCCUUCCAAGGUGCAGUCUUUCUCAAUAGCGAUGAUCCGCUAGUGCUGCGCACUUGCUAUCCAGCCAUGCGGCAUGUGGAAGGCGACAUAAUACGCAUCAGGGACUGUGUGCUACUCAAGGCCAACGAGGACAAUGAACUGCCCUAUGUGGCCAAGGUAGCGCAUCUCUGGCAGAAUCCCGAAGAUGGCGAGAUGAUGAUGUCGCUGCUGUGGUACUAUCGACCGGAGCACACUGAUCAGGGAAGACAGCGAAAUGAUUGUCCGGACGAGGUCUAUGCCUCCCGGCAUCGCGAUCACAACUCGGUGGCCUGCGUCGAGGACAAGUGCUAUGUGCUUACCUUCAGCGAGUAUUGCAGGUAUCGACGACGCCUGCGUGCCGCCGAAGAGGAUGUAGAAGAUGUUAGCAUUGUGCCACGUCGACCUUGUAGUGCCACAGCUCCUGGAUUUCCAGUGCGUACGGUGCCGGAGCAUACUAAUCCAGAGCUGGUGAUGUUCUGCCGCCGUGCCUACGAAUUCCGGACACGACGCCUGCUCAAGUUGCCCCAGAAGAAUGGGCUCGUGUGCAGCUCCAGCUAGCGCAAGGCAUGAAGGCCAACAACAACAACAACGGUGAUCGCUGGGAUAGAUGAAGGUGUGGAGUGUAGGAACAUUAGCUUAAAUUCAGAUUUGCAAUUGGCAAUUCAUGGAACGGAGUAGAGAAGGAGUAAUGUCAAAAGAGAGAGAGAGAAAGAGAAAGAAAGUGAAGAGAAAGCCCUGGCAGAGGAUACAGAGGAAAUCAUAGAAUGAAAGUUACAUUGUUUUUUCUGAUCAGUCUACAGUAUUGUUAAAGAUAUUUUUUGUCUUUGUUGUUAAGAGAGAUAUCAGCAAGAGAAAGGGCCCGGCCAGCGGCAUUCGUUGUUCCUAACCACAAUUUCGAUUGCUCUCGUUGCUGGCCCGCCCGCAUGGUCGAUGUUGCAAGAACAAGAAGAAAACUAAAAAAAAAGAAAGAAGACAUAUACCACACGUACACUACCUCUGUCGGGGCAGGCUAAGAGACACAUACUUACAAGACCCCAGAAGACAUACACACAACAACACACAACCACACACACACACACACCAGACCAAAAUGUAGGCGAUGGAUGAUGGCUUUUCUUCACAACUUUAGAUGUGAGAAACUUUAUGAGAGCUGCAAGGAGAUGAAAGGAGACAACUGCUAGGAGAAAGCAUUCAAAAUAUUUUACAUUGUAUUACAUAAUUUAUUUAUUAUCUGACUACACCAACCAAUCCACGCACACACCUAAACACACACACCCAAAAACACACACACAUGGAUAUUUUUGUUAUUAAGUUGAAUGUAUUUAUUAUCAUUAAUAUCGAGUUAGUCAACAUUCUAUGUACAGUUUUCCGCUCGCUAACUGCUCUUAAGGCUCCAUAAGUUCUUGGAAUCUGUUUUGGAAAUUGAUAUCCAUUAGGUUUUUAUAUAUAUAUAUAUAUUUUUUAGGCGAUUUUGGGUAUUGGAAGAUUAGUCCGUACAGAUCUCUGUGCUUACCCAAAAAAGUUUUAGUGUUUUUUUUUUUUGUUUUUUCAACUAGAGGUAUCUUUUUUUUUUAUAUAUAUAUAUAAAAAUUGCCAAAUUAAGUCUAAGGACUUUAAAUUUUAAUAAUUUAAUGCCUGAAAAGCGAAUUGGUAGAAUUCGAAUUUCCAAAUAAAGAAAAUUUCUUUGACAAGAACAGUUCGAUUACCUUUAACUUCAAAUUAAGAGCUCUAAACCCCUUUUAGUUUCUCGUUUAGACUUAUCUUAUAGGUAAAGACCAAGCUUAACCCAUUGCUUGCUCAGGCAAGAACUUUGCGCACAGACUUAAUGGCUUUCUUUUUAUUUUUUUUGUUUUUUUUUAACUAAACUAAACUUGAGAUUUCUGGCGGAAAACUGGAAGACUUGACAUCGAUUUUUCCUAGGCGCUGUUGGUAUAUUUUUUUAGUUGUUGUUAGUUUUUGUAAGCAAAGGGAAAAACACUUUUUUUUUGUAAUUUGGAAAUUUGAUUUCACAGAUAUGAUUUCCCGUUAGAAAAAAAAAACAGCUAAAAAGAAUCUUUUAGGGAAAAAAACAACAGAAACAACAACAAGUCACAUUAUUAUAUAUUAUAUUAUAUA